UAUACAUUGCACAGGGCAUACCAAUUAAGGUAAGGCAACCAAUGGUAUUUAUAAAACCACUGUCAGCAUACAUUACACAGGGCACACCAAUUAAGAUUCCUUUAGGAUGUAAGAAGCUCAACCAUGAAGUUGAAGUUGGAGUGAUCAUUGGUAAACCAGGAUUUCAAAUCACUGAAUCCAAUGCCAUGAAACACAUUGGUGGUUACACUGUGUCUCUUGAUAUGACAGCCGCUGAUAUGUUGGCUGAAGCUCGACAGAAAGGCUUACCAUGGACCAUUGGUAAGGGAUUUGACACUGCUUGUCCAGUUGGUGACUUUAUUCCUAAAGACAGGAUAGAGAACAUUAAGGAUCUUGGACUAUGGUUGAAAAUUAAUGGUGAAAUGAAACAAGAUGGCAACACUAAAGACAUGGUUUUUGACGUUCCUAAACUAAUAAGUUUUAUGAGUCAGUACAUCACGCUGGAGGAAGGUGACCUGAUACUAACUGGAUCACCUGCCGGAGUUGGACCAGUCAAACCUGGUGAUAUCAUCACCUGUGGUAUGCAUGUACCUGGAGUAGCUGAAGUGACUUUCAAAGUAGAAUAACACCUGCCGGAGUUGGACCAGUCAAACCUGGUGAUAUCAUCACCUGUGGUAUGCAUGUACCUGGAGUAGCUGAAGUGACUUUCAACGUGGAAUAACAAAUACUUUCCAUGUCAGUUUUCAAUUAAUGUUGUUUGCUGAAUAAUAUUUUUAAGAAAGUCCAUUCCCUACUUCAUCCAGUUUUCCAUUCUAUUAUAGUUCCUAUAAAAAUGUAAUCAUGUUAUA